AUCAUCUCCCUCCGCAUCUUCCCCGCAGCCCAGCCCCAUAAGGAGAGGAGAGAGCAGCAGCACCACCACCACCACAGCCGCAACCCCAAUCCCUCCCCACCGCCACCACCCCACUCUUCCAGAGGAGCGGAGCGAGCAAGAAAAAAUUAAUGGCUUCCGACGGCAGCGGCGUGGUUGCCCUUUACGGCGGCGGCGGCGGCAACAAGGUGAAGGUUGUGGAUGCAUCCUCCAAGCCCCCCGUCGCCACCUUCUCCGUCAAGGUUGGCCUGGCCCAGAUGCUGCGCGGCGGCGUCAUCAUGGACGUCGUCACCCCGGACCAGGCGCGCAUCGCCGAGGAGGCCGGCGCCUGCGCCGUCAUGGCGCUCGAGCGCGUCCCCGCCGACAUCCGCUCCCAGGGCGGCGUCGCCCGCAUGUCCGACCCGGGCCUCAUCCGCGACAUCAAGCGCGCCGUCACCAUCCCCGUCAUGGCCAAGGCGCGCAUCGGCCACUUCGUCGAGGCCCAGAUCCUGGAGGCCAUCGGCGUCGACUACGUGGACGAGAGCGAGGUGCUCACCCUCGCCGACGACGCUCACCACAUCAACAAGCACAACUUCCGCGUCCCCUUCGUCUGCGGGUGCCGCGACCUGGGAGAGGCGCUGCGCCGCAUCCGCGAGGGCGCCGCCAUGAUCCGCACCAAGGGGGAGGCCGGCACGGGCAACGUCGUCGAGGCCGUCCGCCACGUGCGCUCCGUCAUGGGCGACAUCCGCGCGCUCCGCAACAUGGACGACGACGAGGUCUUCGCCUACGCCAAGCGCAUCGCCGCGCCGUACGACCUCGUCAUGCAGACCAAGCAGCUGGGCCGCCUCCCCGUCGUCCAGUUCGCCGCGGGGGGUGUCGCCACCCCGGCAGACGCCGCCCUCAUGAUGCAGCUCGGCUGCGACGGCGUCUUCGUCGGCUCCGGCAUCUUCAAGAGCGGCGACCCGGCGCGCCGGGCGCGCGCCAUCGUGCAGGCCGUCACGCACUACAGCGACCCGGAGAUCCUCGCCGACGUCAGCUCCGGGCUCGGGGAGGCCAUGGUCGGCAUCAACCUCUCCGACCCAAAGGUCGAGCGCUUCGCGGCACGCUCCGAGUAGACUCCUCCUCCAACCUCGAUGCGUCCUUCAUCGACUCGGGACUCUAUCUCCAAUCCAUCGUCGCUAUCCAAGAGGUGAAAAAAGAACGAAAGCUCAAAAUAAAAAUCUCUUCUUUAUUUGUUUGCUUCCAAUAUGAUGUGAUGUGUUGUGUCGGGAACAAAGAAUCCCCUAAAUUCACAUUGCUAUGCAUUUUGCAUCGAGUUAUCAAUGCCAAUCUCCUCCUCCCCUCUUCUUCUCUGAA